AUGAUUACAGAAGCCAAUUCAUAUAACCCAAAUGAGCCACAAAUCUUGCCAAUAUAUGGUGUUUCUCAAGAUCAAGACAACAUGGUUGAGACAAAUUCAGACACACACACAAGUUCUUUCCUUAAGAACCUUUCCAUCCUUGAGGAAAAGGUUCAUCAGGUACAGUCGCUGGCUACCAUCUUCUUGUUAUCCCCACAUCAUAGCCAGCCACCGGAAUCGACUCCAGUCGGGAUCACCACCAUGGUUACCCUAUUUCAAGAAAUUGUAGUCACUGCAUCAUCUAUGAUGUUCACAUGCCAGCAAAUGGCAGUUGGACCACCCCUGGGUGACAUUAACGGAGAGGAGUUGCAUCCAGGACGAACUAAGUCAACUGAUAGUCCGUUGAUGCAGGCGAACCUAAAAGUGCAGGAUUUCUAUUCCAAUGACACAUUUGGUUCGUAUAGUACAAACUAUGACAAUCGUAGUACAUCUUCUAAGAAUGAAGUUGGUAAAGAGGAAUUACGUUUGACGAAGCAUUGUGAUAUCGUCGAAUUGGAUGUUGCAGAUUUAUUAGCAAAGUAUACACAUUGUUGUCAAGUUUGUGGCAAAGGGUUUAAUAGGAAUACAAAUUUGAGAAUGCACAUGAGGACUCAUGGGGAUGCAUACAAGUCUAAGGAUGCUUUGAGCAAUCCCAUAAAAAACAACCAGAAUUCGAGUCGAGUUGACAAUGUUUUUCCGAGAAAAUAUUCAUGUCCACAAGAAGGUUGCAGAUGGAACAAGAACCAUAAGAAGUUUCAACCAUUGAAAUCGAUGAUCUGUGUGAAGAAUCACUACAAGAGGAGCCAUUGUCCGAAAAUUUAUGUGUGCAAACGCUGCAACACGAAACAGUUUUCCAUUCAGUCUGAUCUGCGCACACAUGAGAAACAUUGUGGUGAGAUUAAAUGGCAAUGCUCUUGUGGUACGACAUUUUCUAGGAAAGAUAAGCUCAUGGGCCAUGUUGCCUUGUUUGUUGGGCACACUCCCGUAAUUAAUUCGCAAACGAAGAUGGGGAAUGACUAG